AAACUUUGAGCUGAGUUGUCUAUUUUUUGCUAGAACAAUUACAAUUUUUUUUUGGAGAAAAGUGCAAAAAAUUUAAAAGAAAAUAUUGUAAAAAGUUUAUCUAAUAAAUUCCGCAACAAGACCUUCUUAAAACAAUUACAUUUAGAUAAGAAAGCGUGUUUAUGAGCUUGUACGAUACGUUUUGUGUGGAAGGGAGGAGACCAGUUUCAUUUGCGAACUUUGAAACUUUCGAUCGCUAAAACAUACAAGGAUUUCAUUUCUCGUUAUUAUCUAUUCUUGUAUGCAGAUUUCUAUGUGUAGAAAUUAAGUAAAAAUGUCAGCUACUACAAAUAAAAAUUUCCCUUUAUCUGGCACCGGGCAAGUCAAUAUGGUCAACGGUGUACCUAAUGAUUCUUCACAUCAGCAAAUGCAGUCACAACAAUCUCAGACGCAUCCGCAAUUGCACUCGCAGCAGCAAAUAUUGCAACAAAAACAGCAACAGUUGGGCGCAAUGUCCUCACCACCAACCAUGAAUAAUAGUAUAUCUAAAUAUAUGCCCCCAUCUGUUGCGCUAACGAAUACAUCUGCGCCUGUCAAUUUGGUAACUAGUACUAGUAACUAUCUGCCUCCCUCAACAAAUGGUCCGUUGCGUGCACCUAUCACGCAAGCCGUACCCGCUCAUAUGAGGCCUCCUCUGCUCAACGGUUCUAGUGCGGAAAGUAACGGAGCUAGUGGUAAUUCGUCACGUACGGCUUCACCGUUGCUGCAAAGCAAUUCGCAGUAUGGAGCGGAAAUGCCCCAAAACAUGCAAACAGUUCCAAGUCAACAGCAGCGGCAACUACACCAGCAGCAGCAACAGCUGCAUAUCCAGCUGCAACAACAGCAGCCACAAUUACAGCAACAGUUGCAGCAAUCCCAGCAACCACAGUUACAGCAACAGUUGCAGCAAUCCCAGCAACCACAGUUACAGCAACAGUUGCAGCAAUCCCAGCAGCCCCAAUUACAGCAACAAUUGCAGCAACAGAAGGUACAGCAAUCCCAGCAAUCGCAAGUACAGCAGCAACUUCAGCAACAGCAACUGCAACAAUUACAUCAACACCAGCAACAACAAAGACAGCAGCAGCAACACCAACAAAUAGAGCAACAGCUGCUACAACCACAGAUUAACACGCGUGCUACAGAAUCUAAUCAACUUGAUGAUAAAAAAUUGCAAACACAACAAAUACUGCCAUCAAUGCCACCGUUACCAACAGGAAAUAUUAAUAGCAUUACAGGUAGUGUAAACAAUUUGAGCAUAAAUGCCAAUGGCCCACCGCCAUCGGGCCCAGUGCAACCUCAAACGAUGCAAAUGACCGCGAGAAAUACGAUUCCUCCAGCUUUGCCUCCCCAGGCGAAAUCAAAUAAUUUCCCGCUUAAUUUCAAAUCAUCCGCUUCGAUUCCGCGAAUGAUGCAACCACCACCUCCCUCAAUAAAUACUUUGAAUAGUUCAACAGAUUUAAAUAGUGCAAUUAAUACUCGUGCUUCUAAUCAGCCAAUCGUGUAUGGUGCGCCAUCGUUAUAUACACAGAACCAGAAUCAGUCUCAAAAUGCCAAUUAUACUCCAGCAACAACAACAACUGGGACAAAUUCACCACCAAAUGCGAUACAACAAAAUCUCUUGAACAAUAAUCCGCAGCAAAAUCAACCUGUAAUGGUUCAACGAAAGUAUCCCAGUAUGCAACAACUGCCACCAAUGCCGCCUCCAGCUUCUCAACAACCACAGGCGUAUUCUGCUGCUUAUUUACAGCAACAAUCGACCUCAAACUUGCAACCAGGUGUCUUCAAUGGUCAACCGACAACUGGACCUUUGCAUUAUCAAGGACAACCUUCACAGCAAGCGCAAUAUCCAGCUGGAACUGUCCUGCAGCAAGGCUUCAGCCGUUUAUGGGGCCAAGACACUGUAGAUCUAAUGCAAAAUCGUCACAUUUUAUCGCCGGCUACCUUGCAACCUCCCCGUAUUAUUUUACAUAAUCAAUUUCAUGAAUCAAUUAACUGCAAUCCAAAUAUCAUGCGUUGUACGUUAGCUAAAAUACCGGAAAGUAAUUCCUUGCUCCAGAAAUCGCGUUUACCUCUCGGGAUUUUAAUUCAUCCAUUCCGCGAUAUAAACAGCUUACCGGUCAUACAGUGUCCCAAUAUUGUGCGAUGUCGUUUGUGUCGAACUUACAUUAAUCCCUUUGUAUAUUUCGUUGAUAGCAAAAUGUGGAAAUGCAAUCUUUGCUACAGGGUCAACGAAUUGCCUGAUGAUUUUCAAUUCGAUCCAGCUACGAAAACUUACGGUGACGUUACACGCCGGCCGGAAGUGCGUUCAAGUACUAUUGAGUUUAUAGCACCUUCAGAGUAUAUGUUGCGUCCCCCACAACCUGCUAUUUAUUUGUUCCUUUUUGAUGUCUCAAUAAUUGCCCAACAAUGCGGUUAUAUGGAUAAUAUUUGCGCCAUGCUUAGUACCCACUUAGACGAAAUGCCAGGAGAUGCGCGAACCCAAGUAGGUUUUAUUGCUUACAACAGUCAUGUGCAUUUCUACAGUAUGGCGGAUGGUUAUAAUCAACCUCACGAAAUGACUUUGCUAGAUAUAAAUGAUCCCUUUUUACCACGGCCGGAUAAUUUGCUGGUUAAUUUGAAAGAAUGUAAGGAACUAGUCAAAGAUCUGUUGAAACUGCUACCGAAACGUUUUGCUGAUACCCAUGACCCAGGCUCUGCAUUGGGAUCUGCGUUACAGGUGGCAUACAAAUUAAUGCAGCAUUCGGGUGGUCGGAUAACCGUUUUCCAAACGUGCCUUCCUAAUAAGGGUCCUGGUGCUUUAGAGCCGCGUGAAGAUCCCAAUAAUCGUUCCGCUAAAGAUGUGGCGCAUCUCAAUCCUGCAACAGAUUUUUAUAAACGUUACGCUCUAGAAUGCUCAGGCUAUCAAGUCGCAGUCGAUCUUUUCCUUCUUAAUCAACAAUAUAGUGAUUUAGCUACGAUUUCUGGCAUAAGCAAACAUAGCGGUGGUUGCAUCCAUCAUUUUCCGUUAUUUCAAAAGACUAAAAGUCAAGUAGUGGAUGCAUUAAUGAAUUGCUUUAAACGUUAUUUGAUGCGUAAAAUAGGAUUUGAAGCUGUUAUGCGUAUUCGUUGCACUCGCGGUCUUCAAGUACAUACAUUCCAUGGUAAUUUCUUUGUGCGUUCUAUCGAUUUGUUAUCGUUGCCUAACGUUAAUCCGGAUGCCGGUUAUGGCAUGCAGAUUUCAUAUGAAGAAAGUUUAACAGACGUAAAGACUGUUUGCUUUCAAGCGGCCUUACUAUAUACCAACAGUGAAGGAGAACGUCGUAUACGGGUGCAUACUCUUUGUUUGCCAGUAACUCCGUCACUGCCCGAACUUAUGCAUGCAGCUGAUACGGAAGCUAUUAUCGGUUUGUUAUCUAAAAUGGCUGUUGACCGCUCGCUCACAUCAAAUGUUGCCGAUGCUCGCGAAGCAUUCAUAAACGCUACCAUCGAUAUUUUGAAUGCAUUUAAAAUUGCACAAAAUUUACCUUCAGGGCAGAGCGGACAAUUAAUUUCUUCACGUAGUUUGGCAUUGAUGCCAUUGUAUAUUUUGGCUCUUUUGAAACACCCUGCAUUUCGUGUUGGUACAAGUACCCGACUUGAUGAUCGCUUUUACGCUAUGGAAUGCAUGAAAACGUUACCUUUGGAUCAACUCAUGAAAUACAUUUAUCCUGAAUUCUAUAAUAUUGAUGUAUUGUUUUACAAUGCUCAAACUAUAAACGCAAACGCGACUGAAGACGAUGAUGAAGAAGACUUACCAGAUGUACCACGUUUGCAAUUAUCGGCUGAGUAUUUGGAUUCGCGUUCUAUAUUUUUAAUGGACUGCGGUAUGUUAAUUAUGAUUUACGUGGGUCUUAAUGUAGCUCCCAGCAUAUUGGAAACCGUAUUUGGUGUUAAAUCAACAAGCGAAUUGGUUGAUUACAUAUAUGGUUUACCAAAUAUUUCAAGUGCUGAAAGUUCUAUUCUAAAGCGAUUUUUAAACAAGUUAAACGAUGAGAAACCAUACAAUCCAAUUAUACAAAUAAUUAGGGAUACUAGUACAGCCAAGCCACAAUUCAUUGAGAGAUUGGUCGACGAUCGCAGCGAAUCUAGUUUAUCGUAUUAUGAAUUUUUGCAACACAUAAGAGCUCAGGUUAAAUAAUAGUUCAAUGUUCGAUAGGUUGGUUAUGUAGAAAUUGGGGAAAUUUUUUAUUAAAAGAUUUACGAAAAUUACAAACACCCUUUACUUAUAAUUAUAAGAAAUUGAUUGGACCUUGUAUACAAUUCAACACAAUAAUAAAACAACAAUAGAAACAUUCGUUUCGUGUGAAUAUAAUAAUAAUAAUAAUAAUAAAGGCUACCAACUAAUUAGCCUAAAAAGUGUCAAGAGUUCAAACAAUAUUCAUUCAUUACUACUGUCACCAAAGUAUACGUAUACGUAAACACAUACAGUUGUGUUAUGCCACGAACUUUUUGACGUUAUUACCUUAACGAAAGAAUAAUUUCUUGUUUUCACGCUACGACUUUCAUUAGAUGGAGGAAAAAAUUGCAAAAAUUAAAAAAAUGCGAAAAACGGAUAUUAAACACAGAAUACAAAGAAAAAAAAUCAUUUCUUUUUUUUUUUUUCAUUGUACUCAAUUUUCACAAUAGUGUUCAUACGCCUGACUAUUAUUUCUUAAUAGCAAAUAUAAACAAUACAUUAUGUUGUCAAUAAAAGAAAACUAAAAAAAAAAAAAAAA